CAACUCCUUAUCUAAAUACCCUGUGGCCCACUCGCCAGGACAUGGCCACCGCCAUCAGUGCCGGUAUCCUGGGCCGCGGCCCCAGGAUCCUUCUGCUGUGCCACACGUGGAGAACGUUUGCUUCGCAGACUGAUGGGGAAGCCAGGGUGAUGCAGGUCCUCCAAGAAAAAUUCCCUUUGGCCAUCAAAGUAGUGGAUAUAUUAGGAGGCUGUGGAGCAAUUUAUGAAAUUCAUAUAGAAUCUGAAGAAUUUAAAGAAAAGAGAACUGUCCAGCACCAUCAGAUGGUUAAUCAGGCACUAAGUGAAGAAAUUAAAGCAAUGCAUGGACUACGGAUAUUCACAUUUAUUCCAAAACACUGAAGAUUAACCAGGCAGCAUGGUUAGAAACCUGUGUGGAGAUGGGACACCUGUGGCCAUGAGACAAAUCAGGAAGUUUGUAUUUUUGGAUUAGUGACUUGUUUAUCUUUAAAUAAUCAAUAUUUAAAGGUGUUAAAACAAGGACAGUAAGUAUUUCACAAGCUAUUUAAAGAGAUCCUAUUUCAUGAUUGAUUUCUUAUCCUUUCAUAAAGUACCUGAU